AUGCGUCCUAGCUUUCCGACUGUCGAUUGGGGUAAAUGGAUCUGGGCGCCUUUUAUGCCUGUUCGCAGAUCUAUUGUUACUUGGAGGGUUAUUCUGGAUCAUUUCCAGACGGCCAGUUCACUGCGUCGCCAGGGUUUUAUGGGCCAUGGUUGGUUCCCGCUUUCUAGAGAAGCUGGGGAGGAUAUUGAUCACCUCUUUUGGGAGUGUGCGAUUGCUCGACACGUUUGGAGCUCCCUUUUUUCUUGGUUUCACUUUGAUGGUUCUUCGAUCUUGGAUAUUGGGAGUCUUGUUAUCUGGGCGAUGAAGGUUCCUGCCAGCAAGCAGGUAGUGUUUGUUGAGGCUCCUAUUUUUGAUGUGGCUCUGACCAUUCAAGUCAAAGCUUUUAUUCUCGAGGCCGCUCGUUUCAAUUUGGGUGAGAUGGCUAAUUCUGUGGAGGAGUUGCUUGUUCUUCACGGUCUGGGGGUGCCGGGCAAACCCCGUCGUCCUACUUCUUACAUUUAUGUGUUCUGGCUUCCUCCUCCUCAUCUUUGGUGGAAGAUUAACAUUGAUGGUUCUGUUCAUGGCUCACCUCCUUUUAUCCAUGCUGGUGGUAUUAUCCGUGAUUCUAGUUCGGUUAUUGGUUGCUUCCAUUUCUCUGCUGGUCGUGGUUGGGCGUUCGAAGCGGAGCUGUUCGCUCUUAUCAUUGCUCUGGAGCAUAUUGUGGUUCAUGGUUGGGAUUACAUCUGGACUGAGACGGAUUGCACUUAUAUGGUUGACCUUUUUCGCUCUCGUUCGGACUCAGUGCCUUGGAGAUUCUUCAGCCGAUGA